AGGUUUGUUGACAUCAUUUCACAGAUAGCCUUUAUUUUACCCCCAUACAUUUGAAUAACAAACCUUGGAUUGUCAUCUAGAGACAAUCAAGUCUGAGUGAGGUUGCUGGAGCGCUUGGAUUAUCAAAGGCGAUACGUCAUUGCGAGCUGAAGCGAUUGGCUAGAUUCCGCUCCUUUUUCUCCAGAAUUUGCAACCAGCACUCGCCAGGUCUUCGCCUCCGGAGCAGCGAGAUCCCUACAGUAAAGACAGGUGGACUCCCCUGGGACAUAUUUCAUUUGAAAGAAAUGAACGCAAUAUAGUGCACACAUUCGUCGGGGUGGAAAUUUCUAUUCGCUUUCAUCUCCUCAAUUUCUCCCCUGCAAUAGAGACACUAACCGAACCGGAAUAAAUGAGUACCCGGACCUUGGAGAGACUGGCGCUUUCCAUUCCACAUUGUGCCUUUAACGGAACCGCUCGGACCAACAAUGACACCUGCUUUGACCGGGUGGAUCAGCUGUUCCAGGCGUUCUCAUCCACCGCCGUGCUUUCCGUGCUCAUCGUGAUGAUAAUUGGGAUAAUAUUCGUCUCCAUCACGACCUUCCACUUUCACAAAAGCAAGAUGAAAAAGCGCAAGAUCCAGAAAGCCCAAGAGGAAUACGAGCGCGACAACUGCAGUCCUAAAGCGGCCAAAGGCAAGCCGGUGGUCCGACAGUGUAAAAUGGUGAGACCCCCCACGGCGGUGCGGAAGAGUGAUCCAAACACUGACAAUCUUGGCAUGACACCUGUGAUCCCAGAGGACACGACACACACGGGACAAAUGAAGGACGAUAACUUGUUGGAAUCGGUCGCAGUGUCUUGAUAACGCAGUUUCAGCCUUUGAUGGACACUGUAAAUGCAACAACCUCUGUAUUCAUAUGAUAUUGCCUACGGAAUAUAUAAAUCCUUUGUAUAAGCUAGAGAGUUAAUAAGUUUUCAUUUUAAUGCUUGAGGAGCCUGUGGAAGAAAUCUAUGAACGGUCUUCAAGCUAACUGCUUUUUGAGGAGAAAAGACUCCUCAAAAAUCCUAAAGGAAUGCUAAUGGAAUUGUUCUCAUAAUUUGGAGCCAAUCCUAAUGGAAUCAAAUAAGAAUCCAAUAAGAAUCAUAUAACAUUCUCCAGACGGAUUGUAUGGAAUGCUGAUGGAAUUUAUAUCAUAAUUUGGAACCAGUCCUAAUAGUUUCAGAUAAGAAUCCUCUAUGAAUCAAAUAACAUCUUACUAGAAUAGCCAUAAAUCUGGAUACCCCCAGUAGCACUGAAUGCUUGCAGUAUUGCAUGUUAAUGUAAUAUUAUCAUAAUUUGGAGCAAUUCCCAAUAGAAUGAAAUUAUCCUGAAAUGAGUUACUACUGGAUCAUUUGAAAUUCUGGAGCUCAUUAAUCAAUUAAUCCAGACUGUAUUGAAUGCUAAUGGGAUAAAUCCUUAUGGAAUCAAAUAAGAAUCAUCUAAUCCAAGACUAGGAAUACAUUCAGAAUAUCUUCAAUUCUGGAAAUAGAAUUAAUAAUUUUAUCCAGAAUGUUACACUAAUGGUUUUUCUAUCCUAAAUUUGUGUCAAAAUGGGAUCAAGCCGGAAAUCCCAGAAGAAUCAAAUAGGAUCAUAUUGGAUAGAUCUAAAAGCCUUAUUUAUUUAUCGAAUGUCUUUUCAUCCAAUUUAUUCUUACUUCUUUGUUACAAGUCUUUAGGUUUGGCUCGUCGUUUUGAUAGAAAUUCCAUUAGCAUUCCUUUAGGAUCUUUUGACACGGGGAUUGUCUUGUCCACUCUUAGUCACAUUGUCCAAGAGGAACAAUUAUAAACAGGUCUAUUGUUUGAUGAAUUAUGGACCUACUGGCAGAAUAGAGUUAGAUAUUACUGAAUGAUAUUUUGUAGGAUAUUGGGAUGUAAGGGAUAUAGUGAAGUUCCUCAAAGUUUAAGGGACUUGUAUAAAUCCUGUACAGUCGCUGUCCAGUGCUGCGGUGCUGAAAUAAGAACGGAAACAUUCGUCUUCAUCGUGUAGAAUCUCAACACAACUCACAAUACGUUUUGAGUUUUAAUGACUCUUAGGUGUCACUCUUUUAGACAACAUUGUGGUUUAUUUUGACAAAUAUAUUUCUUAAUUGGGAUUUUCUUUUUCAUUCAUCUUAGUGGCUUUUUGAAGAUAGAGGCUCAAUUCGUGCCAUUCUGGCUCGGCAUUAAUACGUUUUGUGUUUGAACCCCUUUAUUCCUGAGACUAGUAAAGUGCAAUUGCAGCUGCUAGUGGUAGUAUAGCCUAUAUAUUUGUUUGUUUAUAGCACUGUAUAACCAUAGUAAAAAUUAUGUAUCCUAAAGCAUUUCGGUUUUGUGUUACAGCUCUGUAUUAAUGCUUUUCCUUUUGCAUUUUUGCUCUAGAUUAAUAUAACAGCAAUGAUUAAGUAUUAUGUUUUAAACUUAGGAUACUAAAAUAGUGUAUCAAUAAAGCUACAAAUUAUAAGAUAACAUUUUAGAAGUCAUUUUAUGUAUUUCCUUGACGUUGUGUUGAAUUGGAAAUUGGAGUUAUAGGCAGAAAUCACGUUAUGUAACAGACCAAAAGUUUUACGUUUGCUUUUAUUUUGUUCAAUGCAUACAAUUUUUAAUUACCAAUAAAGUA